AUGCGCGACGUCAUCGAGGCACAGUGGACUGUCAUCAAGAUAGCCGCUCCGUCGGGUGCCGCUGAAGACCCCGGCAAGCUCUACCAAUCCUUGCCGCCCAUGCCACCGGUCACAUAUCCACUAUACGAAGCGUUGGAGGCUCAGUACGAGGCUUCCAAGGGUCCCGGGGACACUAGCCUGCUACCUGGCGGCUGA